GCACGGCACGGCACGGCGCGGCUGUUGGUGUACUCGGCGCUUCUCGCGCGGUGGCCUCGUCUCCGUGGCGAGCUGCUCCGUGACUAGGCCUUUUUCUUAGCCUUGGUCCGCGGUGCGGACCCUUCCAGCAUUCUCUCGCCCGGUCUUAUAGUCUGGUAGCCGCCACCGCAACCCCGGCUUCGGCCCUUGCCCCGAUGGCUCUGUGCAACGGAGACUCCAAGCUGGAGAAUGCUGGAGGAGACCUUAAGGAUGGCUGUCACCAUUAUGAAGGAGCUGUUGUUAUUCUUGAUGCUGGAGCUCAAUAUGGCAAAGUCAUAGACAGAAGAGUACGGGAACUAUUUGUACAGUCUGAAAUCUUCCCGCUGGAAACACCUGCAUUUGCCAUAAAAGAACAAGGAUUUCGUGCCAUUAUCAUCUCUGGAGGACCUAACUCUGUGUAUGCAGAAGAUGCCCCUUGGUUUGAUCCAGCAAUAUUCACUAUUGGCAAACCUGUUCUUGGAAUUUGUUAUGGCAUGCAGAUGAUGAAUAAAGUAUUUGGAGGUACUGUGCACAAAAAAAGUGUUAGAGAAGAUGGAGUCUUCAACAUUAGUGUGGAUAAUACGUGCUCAUUAUUCAGGGGCCUUCAGAAGGAAGAAGUUGUUUUACUCACACACGGAGACAGUGUAGACAAAGUAGCUGAUGGAUUCAAGGUUGUGGCACGUUCGGGGAACAUCAUAGCAGGUAUAGCAAAUGAAUCUAAAAAGUUAUAUGGAGCUCAGUUCCAUCCUGAAGUUGGACUAACAGAAAAUGGAAAAGUAAUACUGAAGAAUUUCCUUUAUGAUAUAGCUGGAUGCAGUGGGACCUUCACUGUUCAAAACCGAGAAUUGGAAUGUAUUCGCGAGAUAAAAGAGCAAGUAGGCACAUCAAAAGUUUUGGUUUUACUCAGUGGUGGUGUAGAUUCAACAGUUUGUACAGCUUUGCUAAAUCGUGCUCUGAACCAAGAUCAAGUCAUUGCUGUGCACAUUGAUAAUGGCUUUAUGAGAAAACGAGAAAGCCAGUCUGUUGAAGAAGCCCUCAAAAAGCUUGGGAUUCAGGUCAAAGUGAUAAAUGCUGCUCAUUCCUUCUAUAAUGGAACAACUACUUUACCCAUCUCCGAUGAAGAUAGGACCCCACGAAAAAGAAUCAGCAAGACGUUAAACAUGACUACUAGUCCUGAGGAGAAAAGAAAAAUCAUUGGUGAUACUUUUGUUAAGAUUGCUAAUGAAGUUAUUGGAGAAAUGAACCUGAAGCCAGAGGAAGUUUUCCUUGCCCAAGGCACUUUACGGCCUGAUCUAAUUGAAAGUGCAUCCCUUAUUGCAAGUGGCAAAGCUGAGCUCAUCAAAACACAUCACAAUGAUACAGAACUGAUCCGGAAGUUGAGAGAAGAGGGAAAAGUAAUAGAGCCUCUGAAAGAUUUUCAUAAAGAUGAAGUGAGAAUUUUAGGCAGAGAACUUGGACUUCCAGAAGAGUUAGUUUCCAGGCAUCCUUUUCCAGGUCCUGGUCUGGCAAUCAGAGUAAUAUGUGCUGAAGAACCAUAUAUUUGUAAAGACUUUCCAGAAACCAACAAUAUUUUGAAAAUAGUAGCUGAUUUUUCUGCAAGUGUUAAGAAGCCUCAUACGCUCUUACAAAGAGUCAAAGCCUGUACAACAGAAGAGGAUCAGGAGAAGCUCAUGCAAAUCACGAGUCUGCAUUCACUGAAUGCUUUCUUGCUGCCAAUUAAAACUGUGGGGGUACAGGGUGACUGUCGAUCCUACAGUUAUGUGUGUGGAAUCUCCAGUAAAGAUGAGCCUGAUUGGGAAUCUCUUAUUUUCCUUGCUAGGCUUAUACCUCGAAUGUGUCACAACAUAAACAGAGUUGUCUAUGUCUUUGGCCCACCAGUGAAAGAACCUCCUACAGAUGUUACUCCUACUUUCUUGACCACAGGGGUGCUUAGCACUUUACGCCAAGCUGAUUUUGAGGCCCAUAAUAUCCUCAGAGAGUCUGGUUAUGCUGGGAAGAUUAGCCAGAUGCCUGUGAUUUUGACUCCGUUACACUUUGAUCGGGAUCCACUUCAGAAGCAACCUUCAUGCCAGAGAUCUGUGGUUAUUCGAACUUUUAUUACUAGUGAUUUCAUGACUGGUGUACCUGCAACACCCGGUAGUGAGAUACCUGUCGAGGUGGUGUUAAAGAUGGUCACAGAGAUAAAGAAGAUUCCUGGUAUAUCUAGAAUUAUGUAUGACUUAACAUCAAAGCCCCCAGGAACCACUGAGUGGGAGUAAUAAACUUCUUGUUGUAUUAAA